AUGCCUUCGCUCGACGGGCUUCCCAAUGAGGUCCUUCACAACAUCGCCUCGUUCCUAAAUAAGAAAUACGAUAUAGCUGCCCUCUCGCGCGCCAACCGACACUGGUACGAUAUCGCAAGCCCGAUUCUAUGGAAACGCGAAGCUCGAUCUGAUAGACCCGGCGCCCUGCACUGGGCAGUCGAGAACGGAGAUGUCAGAGUCUUGCGCCGUGCUCUAAAAGCUGGUGUCAGCCCUUCACGUCUCGCCUACACACAUAGACCCAAACCUCGCAUCCACCCUUCGCAUAAGUGGUACAACUACCAUUCGAGUUACUACGAUGAUCCUAUGUGGAGAGUUCAAGACGACGAUCAAUCUGUUGACUUGGAUGCAUCAUACGUGCUACAUGACGCUUGCGAUUGCUUCGAAAGUGGCUGCGAUGACGGCAUCUUCAGUGAUUGCAGAUGGGAGGCUAUACAUGUUGCUGCAAGCAAGGGUCGGAUUGACAUGAUUGAGAUCCUCUUAGAUGCGGGCGCUUCCAUUGACGCGCCGUCCUGGGGCGUGUGCUUGUGUCGUCCGCACUUGCCUAUAGAAGCCUUCAGCGAGUCACAGGCCGUUGACGAAGGAGAACUUGAAGAUUUACACGGAGGAAACUGGACUCCCCUACAUGUCGCUAUAUGUCACAAAGAAUUCGAUACGGCGAAAUUCCUCCUGAAACGCGGGGCUUCAACGGUUAUAUAUCAAGGAAUUGACUUUGAGCUGGAUCCCAAUGCUUGGAGAGAUGACGAUGUUGCUCACGACUCGAGUCGGUUCAAGCUGACGGCCCUGCAUCACGCUGCCAAACACGAUAUGCUGGAUUUAGUAAAGUUUCUUCUGGACGAAAAGCACCAGGAAGAUAUCAAUGUCGAAGGACCAUUCAUGGGCACCCCAUUAUUCCAGGCCAUAUGGUACGGUCGCUGGGACACAAUAGUUCCAUAUCUUCUCGAGCAUGGCGCCGACCUGAAUAGAAGACUUAUCGAGACGCGCUUGACCCCGCUCAUGAUGGCCUGUUUCUCACGUCGUUUUGAUGACGCCUCCAAACUCAUUGACUUGGGCGCAGAUGUCAGUACUUUGUCAGUGCAUCGCUUCAGCAUUCUUCACUUGAUCCUUGGGUCGCGUCGAUUCCGGCCAGAAGACUUCUUCGACCCUCUUGCUCCCCCCACGAAACCUCUGAGCAACACUUCUGAGGCCGAAAUUAUCCAAAAAUUCAUUGCCAAGGGUUUCGAUGUCAACGCAAAGGAAGCCGUUCUCGGAAUGACACCACUCAUGGUUGCAAGUGCAGGCUGCAACACCGACGCCAUACAAGCGUUACUCGAGGGCGGUGCCGAUGUCAACGCGUGUGAUAAUGAUGGCCUGACUGCACUUGCACGCGUUGGCGAGACAGCUGAAGGAUCUUCUAUUCUUGGUUUAUACGAUUCUGCAAAGAUGCUGCUGGAUGCGGGAGCAACAUUUCAGGAUUCAUUGGAUGAGGUUACUCCUUUGAACAUCAUUUGCUCUCGACAAUGCGAGCCAUACUUCAACCGCGAGUGGGACGAUCAACACGCUGCUUUGGUCAAGCUACUCAUCGAGCACGGCGCCAAUCCAAACGAGAAAGGCGUUUCUGAGGCUCGCCCUUUUACAGCGGCCGUCGUGCAUGGUAACCUGAACCUCGCACAAGCAAUUCUGGAGAACGGCGGUCGGCCGGAAGAAGGCGACCUAGAAAGUAUCCUCGCAGCGUCUGUGCAUGAUUCGUACGAUGAUGGAAAGACUGAGUUCAUCCUACGCAUCGAUUAUUCUAAACACGGCAUGACAAGGCCAUCAGAGGAGUUCUUGCUGGACCUCUUGAAGAAAGCGCUCAAUGAGCAACUUUGGACAAGGGCGGCUGAUUUGAUGAAAUCAGUGGUGGUACCAAAGGAGCUCUGCGAAGGACUGAUCUAUCGCUGCUUGGAGAAGCCUUCGCCAAUCGCUGAUGAGCCAUCGAGUCUGAUUCAAAUACUUCUUGACCGGGGCCAAGACCCCAAUGAGCUGUUCAAUGGAGAGCCUCCGUUGUAUUACAGUUUCAAAUCAGCCUCCUGCUGGCGGACGACACCUGUGUUGGUGAAUGCAGGUGCGGACAUCUACAUGCCGACAAAAUCUAUGCCAGAUGGGGCUUUUAUGUAUACCAUUACCAAUGGGUACCAACCACAAGCAUGUCAGAUCCUUCUAAAGCAUCCAAAUGCACUGCGCGACAAGCCAGAACGACUGCAUCGGGAAUGUUGGUCAUCUCUUAUUUUUUGGGAGCCCCGCAAAGGUAUUCGUGAGGUUGAGCAGCCAAAUUUCUAUCACAUACCACAACUCAACUGGUCUUUUACAAACCAAUUGAUCUCCGCUGGGUUGAGGACUGACGUGAAGACACUGGAUGACAAGGACGUCAAGGAACUCGUGGAGCAAGCGAUUCCGAAGAACGAGGUCUUGAGGUUCGAGGGCCGAAAGGUCCUGGAAGCACUUGACAUUGUCUACACUGAGCCUACGGUGAUAGAGAUGCUCAACGCCAUCGGAGGAGAUGAAGAGGAUCCCGAGGAUUUCGAGUACGGCUCGGUGAGCGACGAGAUUGACGACACAGACGAUUCGGAUCUCGAUAGCGAUGGUUACGACGGUCUUGACUUUUUCCCUGGCUUUAUGGAAGGCGAAGAAGACGAGGAAAACGACCAAGGAGAUCAGGACGGCGAAGGCGAAUGGGGCGAGGGGGGUUAUUCGAGUGAUUCCGAUGACGAUUAUGACGAUGAUGGACAUAUACCAAUACCUGUCCCUUUUUUGCUUGGACUUCUCAUGUAG